AUGUUGCCCAUCUUGCUGCACAUAAAGCUUCCGGAGAUUCCAAACAAUAGGGUAGUGCGAUCAUACUUGGAUCUUCUUUCACACGCUCUCUCUCUGGCUCCGGAGAUGCUCACAGUCGACCUGCGACUUGACCAGUCUGAUCUCUCGAGAAUCAUUUCAGCGAAAAGCCGAUCAAAAAUUGUUGGAAACUACUAUAUAUCAACAGAUUCUCAGCCUUGGGACUCUCCAGCUUGGUUAUCUCGGUACCACAAAGCGUGCCAGCUUGGCUGUGACCUGGUCCGCCUCGUCCGAAAAGCCGAAACAAUGGAAGAUAACUUUCGAAUCUCACAACUCAAGUCCAAGAUAUCCUCUCUCAAAGGUCACAAAAUACCACUAAUUGCGUACAAUUGUGGG